UGCGCAGCUGAGUGACGGGGCAGGGAGGCAGGAGGGGACCGCAGCACACAGCCACGAAUCCGUCCCUGGGACAUUGACAAUCCCAACAAAACAACAGGAGAAAUCCACAGCGGACCAGAGGAGGGAGGCUUGUCACCAUGGAAGGUCUAAUGGAGCGGCUGGAGCGAGCUGUGACUCGUCUGGAGAAGACGUCCAUCACGAUGCAGGCGUCCAUGGCUAACGGGGACUGUGUCAAUGGCAUCGAUGGAGGUUUGUCUCAGUGUGUCGAGGCCUUUGACGUCCUGCUGAGAGGUCCAGUGUCAGAGUACAUGAACUGCAGCCGAGCCAUCGGAAGCGAUGUGGAGAAACAUGCGGACAUGGUGAACAACGCCCUGCAGACUCAGAGAACUUUCCUCAAGAUGGCUGCUACUCACCAGGAGCCUGCGCAGACGGAGCUGCACGACCUGCUGAAGCCAAUUUCCGAUCACAUCCAGGAGAUCCAGAGCUUCCGUGAACGAAACCGCGGCAGCAGCCUCUUCAACCACCUGUCAGCCGUUAGCGAGAGCAUCCCCGCCCUGGGCUGGGUGGCUGUGAGUCAGAAGCCGGGUCCGUAUGUGAAAGAGAUGAACGACGCUGCCACCUUCUACACCAACAGAGUGCUGAAGGACUACAAGGAAACCGACAGACGUCAUGUCCUCUGGGUGCGCUCCUAUCUGUCUGUCUGGACCGAGAUGCAGUCCUUCAUCAAACAGCACCACACUACAGGACUGGUGUGGAGCAAGAGUGGCCCGAUCGCCCCUCCUUCUUUGUUUGACCCCCCCACUGCUCCCUCCUGUCCUCCUCCACCUCCCCCUCCUCCCCCCGGCCCACCUCCAGUCUUCACUGACGAUGACUCCCAGCCUCAGGCGGGCGGUACUGCGGCCCAACACUCAGCGCUGUUCGCCCAGCUCAACCAGGGCAUGGACAUCACUAAAGGUCUGAAGCAUGUAUCAGAUGACAAGAAGACCCACAAGAACCCAAAUUUGCGUUCUCAAGCAGAACCAACCAAAACAAAGUCUGCGGGGACAGUGAAGACGCCCAGGGCCGCUGUCCAGAAGAAACCCCCUCUGCUGGAGUUGGAGGGGAAGAAAUGGAGGGUGGAGAACUUUGAGCAGAAACACGACCUGGUGAUUGAGGAGACGGAGCUGAAACAGGUGGUCUACGUCUUCGGCUGUAACAACUCCACCCUCCAGGUUAAAGGCAAAGUCAACUCCAUCAUCAUAGACAACUGCAAGAAGCUUGGUUUGGUUUUUGAGAACGUAGUUGGGAUUGUGGAGAUCAUCAACUCCAAGGCGAUUCAGAUACAGGUGAUGGGAAAAGUUCCCACCAUUUCCAUUAACACGACAGAGGGCUGCCAGGUCUACCUGAGUAAGGACUCACUCAGCUGUGACAUCGUCAGUGCAAAGAGCUCUGAGAUGAACAUCCUGGUACCACAAGAUGACGAUUAUAGGGAGUUUCCAGUCCCAGAGCAGUUUAAGACGGUUUGGGACGGCUCCAAACUGGUGACAGAGCCCACUGAGAUGGCAGGCUGAUCGAUGCUUCAUCCCCACCAGCACACAGCAUCACCUUUUGUUUUUUUAAAUAAUCUCUCCGUACGAGAUGUAAAAGGGAAAACUCUAACAGAUAAAUUUUAGAUCCUGUCUUUGGUCUUGUUUUUGUGAUUUCAUGUCAUCCUAGCACUUUGAAACAGUUGAAUCACAUGAACCAGUAAGUAGGAUGAUGAUUAUCCCUGCAGAAGAAGUUUACAAAAGCAACCAGACAAUAAAUCCUAGGUGAUGGACAGAGCAGAAGUAAGAUGUAAAAGACAAAGAAAUAGAGUCUGCACACUAGAAAAUGCUCUCAUGAACUUAUAUUUAUUUAUAUUGCCACCAAAGUGUGAUUCAUGUGUCUGAAAUGUGGUAAUACAAAUAAAUAUUUGUUCAUACGUUAAUAAUCCCUCUUCAAAACACGGAAUAAAUGGAUAUCUCAGGUUCAAGUCCCAUAAACAUAAUUGUUUUUACUUUAUCUUACAUUCUGUGCCAUAGCAAUAAAGGCAUUUAUGUAAGAAUGUUACUGUUGAUAUAUAAGCAACAAUAUUUCAGCAUUGUUAUGACUGUACUCUAUCUACAUUCACUGUGCGUGAGUUAAAGCACAAUUUAGACCACAGCAGUAACACAUUAUUUUACAGAAAAGGCUAAAGAUGACAUAACAUGCACAUAAAACAUUUAGUGGCCAAACAGACAAAAGAAACUUGGACUCAAAUGAAUACCUCACCACCAAAAUUUUCAUUUGUUUAUUAAUGACUCACCUUGCUGGAUGAAUUAAUGAAAAUGUGACUUGGAAUAUUCUGCACAUGUGGAAAGUUGUAAAGAGAUGUUUUUAAAUACUAUUACUGUUGUUAAUGCAGGCCCCAUUCAGUUAAUCAAGAAUUUUCUCCAUUUUUGGAUUUGAAUUCAAGGUAACACAGGGUGAGUAAAUUAUAUACAAAUUAUCGUUUUGGUGGUGAAGUAUUCCUUUAAUUGUCAGACUUUUUGGUAUGUUUUCUAUCUAAUGAAGUGUAUCUUAGUUAUCUUUUUGAAUGUCUCUAGUGCAUGGUAGUCCUGUAGUACUGUUGCACUUUGCAAGUGAAGUUAAUGCAAAACUGCUCACUAAGGCAGAUUUCACCGCCUUGCUAGUGUAUGUAAAGUAUAAUUAUCAGCUCAGACAGAUGUAACAAUGUCAGGAGCCAUUAAAUCAACAUAAAAUAAUUAACUAAAUACUCUGAAUACUAAUUUCUCUGAAUUUAAAAAAAAUCAAGUUACAAGAACAGCAUUUCGAGCACUUCCUAACCUCUGUAUUACUUUGUACUAAGAUGUAGCACAUGGCACCAGCAUAAGAUAGACAAGAAAGUGUGCACCACUAACGCUUUUCAAAACUUUUAAUUUACACAAAACUAAUGGAUGUUAUUGUGUAUCAUUUUUCCAAUAAAAUCAAAACCUUCAGGU